CAGAGUGCAGUGAAAAUUUUUCCACCUCGGAGUUUUCAUUCUCGAAGGUUUUCCUCCGCGAGUAACACCGUUUUGUCCCGUGGCUGUUCGCCGUGUUUGGUGGUGCGCCGUUCGCUAGAGGGUGGCCCUUGCCUCUGUCAUCAGCAGCCAGCAGAAGAGUGUUUUGGAGUGGGGCUACUCUUUUCCUGGAGAAUAAUAUUUUGGUGGAAAAUUUGAUGGCGUUGCGUGAAAAAAAGGGAAGAAAAAAGUUGUGUUGGUCGAGUGUGAAGUGAAAAAAUCUGCGAAAAUUUAUUACCGAUCUGUUUGAUGCGAUUGAAGAAGUGCAGCUGUCUGUCGAGUCGAGUGAGAAUCCAUAUUUUGGCCCCAUUUUGGAGUGCUAGGGGAGAUCUAUUUUCGAGUGUGCCAGAGUGGAUGCGAAGAAAGGCUGACUGGCGACGACUUGAAAAAGUGAAGUGAUUCUGUCGUCGUCGUCGUCAUUGCGUAAAUUUGAUGGUUCGAUUUUUACAGCUAGUUUUUCAGUAGAACAGCUGAAUAUCGGUGCACCGAGUAUUUUGAUUGGGGAUUGGAAGCAAAGAAAUUACAGCAGCCAUAAUUGUGUUAUGAUUGUGAGAGACAGAAGAAUGUUUAUGUAAAAAAGUUUGCUAGAUUCAUAGAAUCAGCUGCUGCAGUGUGAAUAAUAAGAAAGUGUAAAAACUUCUCUCGUGCCGCAAAAGAAGAAUUUUUUUGCUGGACAUCAGUCAGAAGAAAAACGACGUAAAAUGUUUUGCACGUCUUCAUUCAUUCAACAAAAAGUGUUGUGAAAUUAAGUGCAGAAAGUUAAAAACAGUGUAAUUUAUCAAGCAGUGUUGUGCAGUGCAGUCCUUGGAGGGAGCUAUCAAGCAGAAAUCUCAAGUGGCGAAAAGAACAAAGAAGGAAAAAAAAACUCAGCAAGAGCUCUAGCGCACAGAUCGCAGAAGCAAGGACACGUUGAUCUGUGUUGUCUCGUCGAACCCAGUUUUGUGCAUUCAGCGAGCAAGUCAUUAGAGGAGCAGCAGACCCCUAGCAACAACGCGGAGUUGCUGCUGCUAGUCAGCAGUAGGAGGUUUCUUUGGAAUAUAAUUUAUUAAUUGCUGGAUUUGAAUCGGAACGGAAAUCAGGAUGGAAUCAGCACCAGUCGGAAGAAUAUUACAGUUAAAGCAGUUUUAGGGGAGAUCUUUUAAGGUUGCGCCGUUGGGUCGUAAAAAAUGCAUUACCUGUUCCAUUCCGCAAGUAUCGCAACUUCUGCCGAACCUAAAUGGAGCAACUGCCCGUACAACAAACGGCCAGCAGCAGCGUGUGAACCGAUUUCCAACAGCGUACUAGCAACAACCGACACCAGUAGCAGCGGAGAAGCACUAUUCCUCGAACUGCAGGCAGCAGGAUGGCCCGAUGUCCGCCUAUUGUCCUGAUAUUAACCGUGCUGCUCGGCAUCGUUCGUGUAGCGGAUCAGACAAAAUGUGCCCUAACGCCGAACUACGGCAGCGGUUUCAGCACACUCCUGUCCGAUGGAGGUCGCGCCGCAUUGGAAGCGCGCCUCCCAUCGGACGACAACUAUCCGACCUACAAUGAUGACAGUGAGGAUGUAAGAAGCUUCCUCAAGGUGCUGAGCUGCUCCGAUACGGGCAUUCGAGUGGUGAACGAAGACUAUCUGCGACCGGUCAAUUCCUACAAAGGAGUGUUAUUGGAGCGGGUUCCUGUGGAACACCCGGAGAGUGACCACCUGGCGUUCAAAAAUGAGAACUAUUUGGAGGUGGUACAGUGGAGUGACAGCAAUGUCACGGAGAAGCAGCUAGAGUUGACUUUUGCGAGAGAAGAGAAGAAAUUUAUUAAUUUACUGAUAGUAGAUUUAAGCGGAAAUAGCCUUAGAAGUUUAAGGCGAGAUUAUUUUAGCAAACUAGACAGAUUGAAGCUGUUGAAAUUAUCCGAGAAUCAAUUAUCCAAUCUUCCAAGUGAUAUUUUCUAUGACUUAAUAAACUUAGAAGAGCUGCAAUUGCAGCACAACCACCUUGUCGAGAUCGUGCCAGGUCAGCUGAGGCCACUGAGCAAGCUACGGAUUCUGAACCUAUCGAACAAUACCAUUCACGAUCUUCCGCGGAACAUUUUCAACGGGCUGAACAACCUUACCGAGUUGUACAUGUCCAACAAUCGCCUGUACGUGGUGCCAUUUCAGAUCUUCAAAGAACUACGCGCGUUGGAAGUGCUAGACGUUUCCAACAACAUGCUAGUUUCUUUCCUGGAUAAUUUCUUUCUCGCCAAUAAACAGCUGCGCGUAUUAAGACUGAAUAACAAUAUCAUCGAGAAGAUCUCGAAAAACGCCCUGUAUGGCCUUAGAAAGCUUCAAACUUUGGAUCUCUCCUCCAACAAGCUGGUAUUCAUCGAUCGGAAUGCCUUCGAUACAUUGGAAGAUUUGCGGCAUCUGAACAUCUCCAACAAUCAAAUCUACAUUCUUCCUUCGACGGUAUUUUCCACGCUGAGGAACAUUCUGUCCAUCAAUUUGAGUAACAACGUGAUGAGAACGCUACCGAACUCAAUCUUUUCCGGUCAGCUCAAGUUGGAAAGGUUGUAUCUGGAUGGAACCAAUUUGGAAACGCUAAGCAACUGGGUGUCCAGGCAUAACAAUACAAUCAACAAGGAAAUCCUACGCAAUUUACGCUACCUGUCGAUCCGAAAUAACACCCGCCUAAAAGAGAUCGAACCAUGCGUUUUCCGAAACGUUCCAAACCUGGAAACACUGCUGUUAUCCAACAAUAGACUGACGAGCUUGCCGAAAGAGAUCGGCGAGUUGACUAAACUGCGAUACCUGGACGUCGCCAACAACGACAUUAUGUACAUCCCGGAGCAGAUCCGGCAUCUUCAUCAGCUGGAACAAGCAAACUUCCUAAACAAUGACUAUGGUUGUGAUUGCCACAUGUACUGGAUCCUCAGCUGGAUCGAUGAACUGCAAGCGGAGAACAAUACCCUAAAGAUAUACGAUCUGUUAAGUCUGUCACAGCUCAAGUGCCGCAGCGGCUAUCCGGGCGACGUCAUCAGAGUAUUACAGCACAUAAAUUGCUUCAAACCGGAACUGCUACAAUCAUCCGACAGCAAAAUGCACCUGCUCAAGUCGGACGCCGUGCUGGAGUGUGUGUUUACCGGAAAUCCCCCGCCGGACAUUAUUUGGAUUACGCCGAAGAACGAAAUCCUCCGCCAUAGUCAGGAGCACGACCAGAAAUCAUUGUUGUUCGAGUCUUCAAGCGAAACCAUUCCCAAUAAGUACCAACAAGCGGUGGAAUUCCAAAUGCUCACCACCGACAACGUAACCGGGAAUGGUGAACUGCACGAAAAUCUCGGAAUGGGCAUUACACUGCUGGAGAAUGGAUUCCUGCGGAUUCAUAACAUUUCCCGGAGGGACAGCGGACUGUACACGUGCUACGCCAUUAACAUAAUGGGCAAUGCAACCGCAGGAAUAAGACUGUACAUCGAUCCCAUCGUGUUCUACCGGGUGAAGAUUGGCAGCAUCAUCACCGGGGCCAUCUCGGCAGUCUCGUUCCUCGCGCUGACGCUCAUCUUCCAGGGAAUCCGCCGGGUGUUCAUCCGGUUCCGCAUCAUCGAGCUGAUCUGCCAGAACUGCUGCAGCUACUGCUACCGCACCGACAAGACUUCUUCGAAGGCACGGCAGAUCUACGCCAUGCUGGACAACAUCGAGCACUACAAAAGCCAACAGUUGGAACGGUUGCGCGAGAAUUACACCCAGCAGGUCCACCGUAUCAAGGAUAAUUGCGCCCAGCAGGUCGAAUGGAUUCAGGAUGGCUAUAGUACUCAAGCCAAGCAUUUGCGAGAGAUUCGUGACAUCGGUACACAUCACCUGACGACGCUACGGGAUCAAUACUAUGAUCAGGUGCGUCGCGUCCGGGACUAUUCCACGAGUCAGCUGAACUGGGUCCGCGAGAAUUACGUUUUCCAGCGGAACAAGAUUCGCAAGUUCAGUGCCCAUCAGGCGCUGAGGUUGCGCGAGGGCUACAAGUACCAGCAGCAAACGCUCAACAAGGUGUUGGAAAAUCUGCCCAGUUUCUACUUCGAGAACUGCCGCGGGCGGAACGACGAGGAUGAGGAGUUCGACGGCUUUGAAGUCUACCUGAAGGCCAAAAUCGAAAAACUGUCGCAGUUGGACCCGGCGGCGGCGUCGGCCGUCGUUGCCGCCGCCGUAUCGGCUGCCAACGGAGGCGGAAUUAUUGGCAAAGCGCCAUCCAGCAGCAAGUUCAACCUGGAAAACUUCUCGGCCAAAAGCGUCGACGAGAGCAAGGCGUCCGUGUAUUUCACUCCCAACGAUGGCCAUCUGAGUCCGGAGCCGCCGCUGCAGCUGCAGCUGUCGCCAAUCCAUAUCAACUACAUCCAGGACGACAUGGGCGACGUGGCUGGGUUGGGUGCAGUGGGUUUCCCGCCGUUGGGUGGCGAUACGCCCAAGUCAUUCAAGUCGGUUUUGGGACAGAAUUUGGCCGGGCCGAGUGGGAUAGAGGGCGCUGGGGUAGUUGUAAGGUCAAUAUUGAAGCCUCCGGGCAAGUUUGUGUAUGAUAGGAAUCUUCAAAAGUAUCGAAUGUGUUAUCAACCGAAUAGGUUAAGUGGAGGGUAUGGCGGGGAUGAGCUGGAUGAGAGUAUGAGGUAUGAGUGCUACAAUGAUGCGAUAGAAGGCGGCGGUGACUCGUGCGAGGACGAGAAUAACUAUAGUCUGAAGCAUACAAGGAAGCACAAGCGGAAGAGAAAAGCCAUUGGGAAACCGGCGGGAGGGAAGCAACUGUGCGAGUACGAGACUUUGCUGAUGAAGAAUUUGGGUAGUGAUCCAAAGGAGGCCCAUUACAAGAUUAUUCACGUCAAUAAACUGGGAGGAGGGGGAGUUGGACCCAGUGACCCGGUGGGAAGUGGUUGGACGGCUGGUCGAGCAACCAUCCGGAAGAAGCUUCCGAACAAUACCGAGUACUACAACUCGCUGGAGGAUAUGAUCCAGGACAGUAACGAAAAAAUUCGCAAGUUUAUAUACGAUUCUAAAAUUGACAUUAUGAACGAGGUGAUAACAGGGAGUAAUAGUAGGGAUAAGGUUAGCGCUAGCAGUAGAGGUAAUAUAGCAAUCUUGGAAAACAGGGAAACGGAGCGACUGAAAAGAUCACCUGCGAUGAUUCAUCACAAUGUCCCUACGGCAGCGGUGUCAACGGCGAACGUCGCCAGGAGCAAUAGCAAUAGCAGUAGUAAUAAUAACAGCCAAAUCAAUAGUGGCAGCGACAGUCGGGAUUCGCCCUCGACCACGCAGAACCUCAACUACCAUCAGCCUUUGAAGAAGAUUCACAAGCUUCACUUCAAUUCCAGUACAAACCGCAUCCAGCAGAGCACUAGUUUGCCGGAGAUCUACUACGGUUGUUCGCCAUCCAGUUCCAUCGGUUCGGCGCUGAUGCAUCACAAUUCGGCCGUGACCGGUAGCGGGCAGCCGUCGAAUAAUCCCCUAGCCACAACCUCCAACAAAUCCUCCAACCAGUCGAUCGUGCAGCAACAAACCCUCUCGUCGGCUUCCUCAACCGGUUCCAACGUAGCCGGCCCUCCGCCUCCGAAUUCCUACCAUCAGCCAAAGGUGCACGGCAAACAUGUGAUCCUGGCGGUGGAGAACAACGGAGACGGUGAUGAUACAACCUGCUACGAUUCCUCGUCGGAGCCACCGUCGCCUACAACUAAGCUCGACAAUUCCGCCAACAAGUAACCAUAUGUGAUCCCCACUUCUCCAAGUCACAGUUGAAGUUUGCAUACGUUUUUCAUAACCUAACCAUACAUCUACAGCUGUAGAAGCCACAAAACAGCAGCAAUUGAAAUUGACGCAUAGCAAAUUAUCCAACAGUUCAAGUAUCAAUAGGUGAUUGAAGGAUAUCAUCCGUAGUCUUUUUUUACUUACUUUUUUUUUUGUAUUAUCAUAUGCCCUGCUACAGUUAAUUAAUUUUAUGAGCCAUUGGCAGAACCUGUAUGAUUCUUUCUCUCUAUCCAGUAGGUUUCUGUAAAUAUAUAAAACAUUAAGAUUACCCCAUAACUAAAAAUAAUCCUCUCUACUAUGUCGUUGAAUUUUUUGCGUAGAGAUUGAAUGAAUUAAGACUCAUUAGAACACACAGCCGAAUAUGGAUACCCAAGUGAAUGCCGUGCUGGGAAGAACAAAGCAAGCACCCACAUCACCAAUAUUUGAACUUUGAAAUGAAUUAACUUUCACAUCAACUAACUUUCCGCCAAGAAUGACGAGCUGCGUGCUCUUAAAAAUCCGUGUCUAGAAUGCACCUGGUUGCGCUCUCAUUUUACCUUAACACUCAUGGGAAAAGGAACAACACCUCCAGAGAAACCUCGUUCGUCGUACACAACACGAGCAAGGUGGAUUUUUAGACCCACAAUGGCACGCGCUGAAAGGAUAUAGGAUACCUUAUUGUUUUUUUUUUGUCGAUCGUUCAAUCCAGGCAUACAUGAAUUUGUAACAGAAAAAAAUGUAGCUAUUACCUACCUAUUUUGCAAAUAUUAAAAUAAUAUGACUGAUAACGAAGCUUAGUUAUCCUCUCUAAUUUGUUAAAUUCCAGUUUCAGCUUACAAUCGUCAUUAACCUUCACGUACCCGACCCCCAACAUCUCAUUUUCAAAAUGCUGGCAUUUCGUCAAUUUUUUUGAAGUCACCCUCAAUCGAUCAUAAAUUGGUGCAAGUUUAUUACACCCAAGUGGCCAUGCAAUAUUCGGAACCAUUCCGGAGAUAUUCCGGAAUGUACUGGGGUCAGGGGGGUGCCGAAAUGGCUAAAAGUGAUUAUUUCGUGUGUUAUAGGCAAAUCUGACGGAAGCUAACGAUCCCUCCGCAUCUGGUGGCAGGAAUGAGAACCCUACGAAAAACGUGACUUUGCCAAAAAGUGCCAUGGCGCAGCAUUAGGCAAAGUGCACUUUUUUCACUUUUUCGUAUCGAAGUCCGCAUCGUAGAGAAACAAACGAGCACUUUUUGGAAAGAAAAUUUGAUUCCCUUCCAGAUGCGCAUAGAUCCAGUAGAUACUUACGAACAAUUUAUGUGAUUAAUUUGAGGAGCUCUUGCUAUGCCUCUGGCGAGGGAUCUUCCGGUUUUUUUUUUUGUUAGCUGGCCAAUCCGGGUCUGUCGGCGUGGGCAUCGAGAAUGAUGAUAAUGGAAGCCAUUACCAAUGGAAAAUAGCAAUUACCAAGGCAAAAUAUAAGUUAAUUUUGAAGACGAAAAAUUGAAUUUUUGAUGUAAACAAACGUUUUUCUCCUCAUCUCACCUAGCGCCUCUACAAUUGGGGGUCAUUCGAAUUCUUCUAUUGUGUUCGAAUCAUCGAUGUUCAGCGGAAUUUUUAUUGCGAACAAGUUCGAUAACCAGAUUUGAAUAAGUUGACCCAUCCGGAUCACCAUGACAGGUUCCGCGGGCCUCAUUGGGGACACUUCUGAUUUUCAUCCAAAACAUGUCGUGCGACAUAGCAAACUUCAUGAUUUCGAAUGACUGAGUCAGAAACGAUACCCUGAAGUCUGUAUCAACAAAUAUGGCCACCCCGGAACAUCUAGCACAGGUUCCACAGGGGUGUCAUCGAGGACACUUCUGGUUUGAAACCAAAACAUGCCGUGCGACGUAUCGAUCUUCAUGAUUUCGAGAGAAUGGGGCAGAAAAAAAUGACUGAAGUAUGUAUCCACUGAUGUGGCCGCUCCGGAACACUUGGAACAGGUUCCGCGGGGGCCUCUCAAACAAAAUAACACACGAAAAAAUCACUUUUAGCCAUUUGGCAAAACAGACCCCUCUCUCACCUCCUGACCCCAGUACAAUCCGGAAUAUCUCCGGAAUGGUUCCGGAUAUCACAUGGGCACUUGAGUGUAAAAAAACUAUCACCAAUUUAUGAUCGAUUGAGGGCGACUUCAAAAAAAUCGGAUGAAAAUUGACGAAAUGCCAGCAUUUUGAAAAUGAGUUGUCGGUGAAGGUUAAUGACGCUAAUUAGCUAAAAGCUAAAUUAUUGGAUCGAAAAACAGUAUUGUACAAGUUAGAUUAUAUUCAAGUGGGUACGCUGCCCUAAAUGGGUCUGUAUCAUGUGGCAUGAAGUCAUUUGGCAUAAUGCCGUUUGGCAUAAGGUCACUUAGCAUAAAGACAUUUGGCAAUUGGCAUUAACGGUCAUUUGGCAUAAAGGGCACUUGGCAUAAUAAAGAAGGGAGCAUUUCGAUUAUGCCAAAUGUCCAUUAUGCCAAAUGAGUUUAUGCCGAAUGUACCGCUCCCGCCCUAAAUAUCAUACAACAAGGAUUUCUGCAGCGGUUGAAAAAUUGAUCCAUUUUUUUUUCAAGGAUGAUAAACUGGGUGAAAGUUCAUUUAUAUCAACAGUAACUGUAGUUGCAGUUUAUUCCCUUCAUUAGCGUAAACAUUUUUCUGCAAAUUUCCGUGGAGUUGAAUAACAGUUGUGUCUCCUGGGUUCACCUGAGAUUUACCUAUAGGUAGCCCUAAUAUCCCUUUUUGAUUGUCAAAGACGUCAUAACGAACUGCUUUAGAGCAUCAUGCUUAUCCCCAAAUUGAUUUAUCGCAUCGUAUUCCAGUCUUUUAUGUUUCCUUAAGCCUGAAACCACCACCGAACCGACGUGACAGUGGCGUUUUAAUACAGCCCCAAGCCCCCCCCCCCCCCGCCCCAUUUUAACGGUCGACCAGCGAACGCUUCUGUCAAAUCAGCACAGCUGCGAACCUUUUCCCAUCUGAAUAGACGGAGGGUUUUGAGUCAAGCUAUCAAAACAUCGCGAACCGUUAUAGAGGAGGCGGUAGUGUUCGGCUAUUUUUCAGCAUGGCGUCGGGGACACCCAAUUUGAAUUCAUUUGUUCUAGCUGUCACGUCGGUUCGUCGGUGCUGAAACCCUAACUUUCACCAAAAUGUACGUGAUAGAUGAGACGUGAGAAUAAAAGUAAUAACUUGUGAGUAGAUUGUGGCAAAAUUUUAACAGAGUAUUUAGUAACUAAUAAAAGCAAACAAAAAAUAAAUACAAAAUAACAAGGGUUAAAUCCUUGCAGAGCAGAAAAUAAAGUGGAGUUCUUAACUAGGUAUUAAAUUUAUAUAUCAAAACAACAAUGAAACGAAAAAAUAAACAAAAAAAGAUAAAGUCGGAUGUCAUACACAAAUAAAUACACACAACAAACACACUUACAAAGUCAGUUACAUGCAAAAAAGAGAAGAAAAAAAUCAAGCUGCAAGUGUUUAAGUAGGUGAACUAGAACAAGGAUACCAUAUUACUACUUAUAUGUACUAUCUCUUAUCGGUAAUCACUCUACGUUUAUCUAUUGUGUAUGAGAUCGAGAAGCAAAAAAAAAAUAAAACUAUCAAAGCAAAGCAAACAGAGAAUCCUAUAGAAAUUUCAAUUAUACCUAGAGUAUUUUAAGCGGUUGGUGAAGAAAUAAUAAAACUGAUAAAAAGAGAGGAUUAAAAUUCUCACUCACAGAGAAGUCAACUGAUAAUAAAAACCAAUAAUAUACUAAUAAAAAGAUAUGCAGAAGCAACAAUACAACAAAAAAGCACAUUAAAAUUCAACAAAAAAAAACUACAUGAAUUUCAUUAAAAUAUGAAAAUAUUAGAAAUCAGAGACGAGAAAUAUAUCAAAUUUAAUUAUUCAUGAUAAUUAAACAAUA